UGGAGCGAGAAGAAGAGCAGACAUGUUGUGUAUCAAACUGUGAGACUUUUUCGUAUUUUUUGGGAGCUUUUUGAGCCAUUUUCACCAUGUCAACAACACACACGGUAACUAGAACAAGGGUUCAACCCGCUCGAACUCAUGACUACCUGUAUGAUAACAUUCAUACCCUCUCAAGUGAUCGUGACCAUGCUAGAGCAACGUUUAAGGCUCACACAGGGACUGAUAGAGUUAAACGAGUCCCACAUUAUCAGACUAUGUUUAGUGAUCUUUCACACUAUCCACGAUAUAGUGUGCAUCUAGAGGCCACCGAUCCCGUGCCGAAGUUCAUCCCACGGCAAUGGAGAGGGUAUAGUGAACAGGCAAGAGAGGCAUUGGCUAGAUACACAAAGUUUAACUAUGACCCAUCAGUCCAAGUGCCACCCAAGUCGUUUCCUGUCACAGAUGUAGGUGGAAAGGACAGAUACAAGUUUUUCAAAAGACCAAUUAUUCCAUUCCUUCAACAAGUUCCCCCUGAUGUUUUACUGCAAACCUCAAGAACUGACCCUCUGUCCAGCCACGACCUAGAGAAAGAAAGACCACCAACACCCGCUACCAGGACAGUAAUGGUACAGACAGACUAUAGAGACAGUGAGGCUCAGACUGAUCCCUAUACACCAGAGUAUGUUGUACGGCCAGGAUCUCAACCUGAACUACUAACCCUUGCUACUCUUUCAUAUGGACAUGGCUUGCCUGCAGGGCUUGCCGAGGUGGAGAUGAUCGAAAGAGCAAGAGCAAAAAGAUUAUGGGAAUCAACUUUGCCAAGCUUGAAUGACAUGGAGAACUUAGAGAAGAGAAGAAGAAUGAUGGAUGAACAAGAGAGAAGAGAAUGGUCAUUCAGAGAACAGGAAAUUGAAAAGUUACAAGAAGCUAGACUACAAGUCCUACAAGAAAUCUUACAGCAAAGAGAAGAGGACCAUGCAGAAAUCAAUGCAAAAAGGCUAGACCGACUGUGGUCUGACAAACAGCAAGAAAAAGAAUCCAAGUUUCACAAACUCAAAACAGAGCAUGCUAAGAUGUUGAGAAAGCUGAAAGAAAAACGCAAGAACGUCGAAGGGAAACUCGAGCGUCGAAACAUUGUCAAAGACUAUUCCACUAACGGUUCCCAGACAUUUGCCCCAAUGUCACGUGUGGGUGUUUUCCUUGAUCGUGGAUCAGAGCAGUAUAACGUCCAAAGCUUCCACCUCUCAACCUACCAGGGUCUUCUCGAGCUAGAAGCAUCACUGCCUGAUUUUGUUACCCAGCCUCGUGUCCAGGCACCCAAGCCUAAGUCUGGUGCCAAGGCAGGAUUUGUGAAGAGGACACAGAGGAGACAGAAGGAGUUGGAACAGGUGGCGGAUAUCAUUGAAAAGGCCAAAAGACCUGUCGAAGUGGAGAAGCCCUUGAAGUUUUUGGUGAAGGUGGAGAAACCUGUGCCUCGACCACCAACACCAUCAGUACCAGUACCAUCACAGGUUGAGGAAGAAGCAGAACUUGCUAUCAUCUAUUUACAAAAGAUCAUCCGUGGAAGAGCAAUUCAGAACAUGAUGUUUGAAGGCAAGGAAAAGCGCCUUGAGUUAAUCCAAGAGCUAAGGAGUACGCACGCGCUGCAAGAGGCCGGUCAGAUGGAAAAACGCAACGAACGCCAAGCGGUACUAUCACUACAAAGACAAAGACGACUUGAUCAGCACAAGAAUUCCUUCGAAGAAGAAGCUCUAGCGCAGAUGGAGGGUUCUACUCUGGCUGACAUGUUUGACUUUCUUAGCAAGGAACUCGUUCGAUUGCAAGAAGAACGUAGAAUUCACGCCUUUGCCAUGGUAGCUGAAAGACAGCGCCGAAUGCGCGAGGCCGAGGAAAGUGGCCGAAGACAAGUAGAAGAGCGCAGACGACGCGAAGAAGACGAAGUCUUUAAACAGGUGGUUAACGUGCAUCAGAACACCGUGGAUACAUACCUGGAAGAUAUUAUACUAGCUGCUAUCGAUAUCACGGCUCAUGAACAGGCCCGUGAAGAGAUUCAAGAACAAGCUGAGAAAAUAAACAAGAUCGCUUACGAUGUCGAAAAGACGCGAACGAAAUUGCAGUCCGAAGAAAUUGUUGCCGAACUCGUGACGUCAUUCCUGUUGCCCGAAGUUCAAAAAAUUACUGUCCGGGAGAAGGUCAAACGAAACCAAAGGAAACAUCUUCUAGCAGCACAUAAGAUCAUUCAUGGAGAAGUGGAGCCGAUCAUGGAUCAGCAACCUCAACCAGAACCACCCAAGGAGGAACCGAAACCAGAACCAGAACCUGAAAAACAGGCUGACACCGACAAACCUCCCUCAAGACCAUCCUCAAGACCAUCCUCAAGACCAUCCUCAGCCAAAUCACACAAGUCUGGCUCUGGUUCACCCAAGCCACAAUCAAGAUCUGGAAGCCCAAAGUCGUCCCGUGCCGGGUCCCCUAAGUCAAAAUCUUCAUCAAGGCCGAGUAGUUCGAAAUCCCGGCCUGCAUCGGGAACAUCUCGACGAUCGUCCCAGCCCUCCAGUGUAACUUCAGAGAAAACAGAAGAGACCUAAUGAUUUCCAUCAGAAUUUCCUUUAUUUGUGUUGGUUAGAUAAACAAUGUAAAAAAAAUAUUACAUGUAAUUACUCACCCUUGUAAAUAAACAGGAUUGUUUCAAGUUAUUUUAAUCACAA